AGCGUCAGCUACGCAAUCUGGUGGCUAAAUCCGUAUCGGAGUGCCCUAGGUCAUUAUUCAUCUUUGACGAAAUGGAUAAAAUGCCAAUUGGGCUCAUAGAUGUUCUCAAACCUUACUUAGACCACUACCCUGAUGUGGGAAAGAUAGACUAUCGCAAAAGUAUCUUCAUAUUUCUCAGCAACUCAGGGGGUCAUCUUAUAAACGGUGCUGUGCUAAACCACUGGAAGGAGGGAAAGAAGAGAGAAGACAUUAAAAUCAAACAGAUGGACAAGGUUAUUAACCUUGGUGAAUUUAACAACAAGGGUGGUUUUUGGCACUCAUCUCUAAUUGAGAAGAAUCUCAUUGAUUACUUCAUUCCAUUUAUGCCAUUAGAGAGAUCCCACAUCAAAAUGUGUGCUAAAGCCGACCUAGAAAAGAAAGGACACCCAGUCACUGAACUGAUCCUUAACAAGGUGGCCGACGAGCUAAUCUACUUUCCAGAUGACUUGAAGGUCUUUUCCCAGUCUGGUUGUAAGAAGAUUUCCAGUAAAGUAGACUAUAUAAUGGGUUAAGAAAACAAAGUGUUUUAGAGUUAGUUUUAAGUAUUGUCUCAUGUGAUUCCUGUUAUUACUUCACGUGAACUUUUGCAUGAAGAGUCUGUGGUAGGCAGUGGGAGAAAGUUUGAGAAUCUGGAGUGGGUAGUUGCCAGUUUCAUCCUAGUACACAAAAACUUUUGGUAUUGAUUUGUGGGGUCAACAGCCCUGCUUUUUCCUUUCCCCUGGCCUUUUCAUCCCAUCGACCAGAAAGUGAAGUUAGAGCAAGGAUGCCAGAAUCACUGUGACAACCUCCUCAUAGCUUGAAGAGAAUGAAUGCAGGCCAGAUAAGUUAUUCUAUAUGACAUCUACAGGUUAUUUGGUCUCACCCAGCUUCCUGUAUUCGAUGUUAACUCUUGAGACCCAAAAAUUCCAUCCUCAGCAUUAAUGUUGUCACAGCCCUGCUGAAUAGAAGUGGUUUGGUACAAAUUCAUUGGUUGGUGCCAUAAAAUAUUCAUAUCCACCCCAAUGAGGGUUAUUUUAAGGAUAGAGUGCAAUCAGUGUCCAUUGUUAUGUGCCAUCCUCUUUAACUUAAGAAAGGUGUUACUACAACUACUGGAAAUUCCACAGGGGAGAAUCAAAAGCCAAAAUUGGAAUUCCCACAAAGAUGGGGGAGAGGGUUUCAAACAAACAAACCUGCUGUGGGAGGAGUAUGGAUAUUUUCUGGAACAACAUAUUCCAGAAAAAAGGCUAUUUUGUACCAAGACAACUUAUUAUCCAACUCUUCUCUUUGUAUAACAACUGACACAAUAAAUGAGUACAAGUAUAGGUAAUUUAGAUAUUUUUAUGAUAGGAAAGCAUGACCACAUAUGACACAAAGGCAGUUUAAAAGAAGAACACUGGAUGACAUUUUAGGCUGUAAUAUUGCUGUAUACACAAUAUACUUGUUAUUUUUCAGCCUUAGGUCUUCAAUGUUACACCAUGCAGCACGGA